AUGGCAAAGGUUGUCAAUGGUAUGAGUGUGCCACAAUUGACGAGAAAAACCAAUUAUGAUAAUUUGUGCCUACAGAUAAAGGCGUUAUUGAGAUCCCAAGACGUUUGGAAUAUGGUGGAAGAAGGGUACGUUGAGCCUGAUGCGGACGAAGAUCAGAUGGUGGCACAGAUAGCAAUAUUGAAGAAAACACAUGCAAGAGAUGGGUCAGCAUUGUAUUUUCUCUACAAUGCAGUAGAUGAGUCGGGAUUCAAAAAAAUAGCGAAUGCCAAAUCAGCAAAGGAAGCCUGGAAGAUAUUGGAGGUUGCGUAUAAAGGUGACAACCGCAUUAAACAAGUCCGAAUACAAGCUCUCAAAGGAGAGUUUGAACAAUUGAAGAAGCCCACAAACAAAGGAGAAGGAGUUGUGAUGAUCAGGUUAAACCCGACGAUCAAGCACUACAGGUACAGUUUGACUCGAAUAAAUCUCGGAUUACUUAGAGUCGAGAUCCUGGCGGCAGAGGAAGAGAAGGCCGAGGACAAGGAUGAGGUGGACGUGGUAGAGGCAAUGAAGAGAGAACCGGUCAGCAGUAUUGGCAUGACUGAGGACAAGGAAAAGGUCGAGGAGAUCAGUCAAAAGUGA